AUGAUGCACUGUUCUAAAGUGUUCACAAUUAUUGAAUUAUUAUUAUUAAUAAACACAAAUAUUUUAGCUGAGAAAGAAGAGGAUAUUAAAAAUAUUACUCCUGAGCCACAUUACAGACAAGGCGUUCAUAACCCAGAAUAUGACCAUGAAGCUUUUCUAGGUGAAGAAGCUAAAGCAUUUAAUCAAUUAAGCCCUGAAGAAAGUCAGAAGAGAUUGCGGCUUAUUGUAAAAAAAAUUGAUAGUGACAAGGAUGGAUUUGUCACCCAUGUUGAACUAAAAGAUUGGAUUAGAUAUACUCAACAGAAAUACAUGAGAGACAAUGUUGAUCGCACCUGGAAUAUGCAUAAUCCUGAAAAUAAGGAUAAAAUAAGCUGGAAAGAAUAUAGUGAACAAGUUUAUGGGUUUAUGAAAGAUAUGGAUCCUAAGGAAUUAUCGAAAGACCAGGAAGGAAUGACUUACAAAAGUCUCUAUGAGCGUGAUAGGCGCAGAUGGAUCAAUGCUGACACAAAUGGAGAUGACUUAUUGGUUAAAGACGAGUUUUUGGCUUUUCUGCAUCCUGAAGAAAUACCAAAAAUGAAAGACUUAGUUGUUUUAGAAGCAUUAGAAGAUAUUGAUAAAGAUAAAGAUGGAAAAAUUUCUUUAAGUGAAUAUAUAGGUGAUAUGUACCAAUCUGAAAACGGGGAUGAAAAACCUCAAUGGGUUGAAGAUGAGAUAGAACAUUUUACAAAACAACGGGACAAGGAUGGAGAUGGAUUUUUGGAUGAAAAUGAAGUAAAAGACUGGAUUGUUCCUCAGGGCUUUGACCAUGCUGACGCAGAAGCCCGACAUCUCAUUUUUGAAGCUGAUGAAAACCAAGACCAAAAAUUGACUGAAGAGGAAAUUAUUGACAAAUAUGAUGUUUUUGUGGGUUCUCAAGCCACUGAUUUUGGUGAAGUUUUGCUUCGACAUGAUGAAUUUUAA